UCCCAGAAGGCGUCGCGGCCGCGUCGUACCACUUUCGGCUGUAAAGAUGGCGGCUUCCUGGCGAGUCGGAGGCUAGUUUGGAGGGAGGCUCGGGCUACGAGGAAGAUCCUGGCUUCCCCCAUCCCUGCUCCAUCAAGCCACACAGGAGCCAUGGAAGUGGCCGAGCCCAGCAGCCCCACUGAGGAGGAGGAGGAAGAAGAGGAGCAGUCCGCCGAGCCUCGGCCUCGCACACGCUCCAACCCUGAGGGGGCUGAGGACCGGGCACUGGGGACACAGGCCAGCGUGGGCAGCCGCAGCGAGGGUGAGGGUGAGGCGGCCAGUGCUGACAAUGGGACCCCCAAUCCUCCAGGAGCUGGCCCCAAGCCCUGGCAGGUACCCCAGCCAAACCCUGAGAUCCAGAUUCGGACACCAAGGGUCAACUGUCCAGAGAAAGUGAUCAUCUGCCUGGACCUGUCGGAGGAAAUGUCGCUGCCAAAGCUGGAGUCAUUCAACGGCUCCAAAACCAACGCCCUCAACGUCUCCCAGAAGAUGAUCGAGAUGUUCGUGCGGACAAAACACAAGAUUGACAAGAGCCAUGAGUUUGCGCUGGUUGUGGUGAAUGAUGACACUGCCUGGCUGUCUGGCCUGACCUCCGACCCCCGCGAGCUCUGCAGCUGCCUCUAUGACCUGGAGACGGCCUCCUGUUCCACCUUCAAUCUGGAAGGUCUCUUCAGCCUCAUCCAGCAGAAGACUGAGCUGCCGAUCACAGAGAAUGUGCAGACAAUUCCACCGCCAUACGUGGUCCGCACCAUCCUUGUCUACAGCCGUCCGCCUCGCCAGCCCCAGUUCUCUCUGACAGAGCCCAUGAAGAAAAUGUUCCAGUGCCCAUAUUUCUUCUUUGACGUUGUUUACAUCCACAAUGGCGUGGAUGAGAAGGAGGAGGAGAUGAGCUGGAAGGAUAUGUUUGCCUACAUGGGCAGCCUGGAUACCAAGGGUACCAGCUACAAGUACGAGGUGGCGCUGGCUGGGCCAGCCCUGGAAUUACACAACUGCAUGGCAAAGCUGUUGGCUCACCCACUGCAGCGGCCCUGCCAGAGCCAUGCCUCCUACAGCCUGCUGGAGGAGGACGAUGAAGUCACCGAGGUUGAGGCCACCGUCUGAACUAUCCCUGUACAUCUCAAACUCCUCAUACAAUGAAACCCUUGGCCUAGAGUACUGGUUCUCAAAACUGGUCUCUGUGGGACCCCCGGGGGUUCCAGGAGGCGUAUCUAGGGCACCUGGGGGGCCCUGGGAGGAAACCCAGGAUUCCAGGAGGCAUCCCAGGACCUCUGGGCACCUAUCUCCAGUGUUUUCCAGCCCACACUCACUCCUAGUUUGUCAAUUACAAUUUUUGUUUUUCCUCGUAUAAUUUUUGUUAUAAAAAUAAAAAUCUGAGAAUCCCUAACCCAAGGCCA